AUGCAUCCGUUCAUGUGUCCUUCCGUGCAUCUGUCCAUACAUCUAUCCAUGCAUCCGUUCAUGUGUCCUUCCAUGCAUCUGUCCAUACAUCCUUCCUUGCAUCCGUUCAUAUGUCCUUCUGUGCAUUUGCCCAUACAUUUAUCCAUGCAUCCUUUCAUGUGUCCUUCCAUGCAUCUGUCCAUACAUUUAUCCAUGCAUCCGUUCAUGUGUCCUUCCGUGCAUCUGUCCAUACAUCCAUCCAUGCAUCCGUUCAUGUGUCCUUCCGUGCAUCUGCCCAUACAUUUAUCCAUGCAUUUUAUGUGUCCUUCCGUGCAUCUGUCCAUACAUCUAUCCAUGCAUCCGUUCAUGUGUCCUUCCAUGUAUCUGUCCAUACAUCCUUCCGUGCAUCCGUUCAUGUGUCCUUCCGUGCAUUUGCCCAUACAUUUAUCCAUGCAUCCUUUCAUGUGUCCUUCCAUGCAUCUGUCCAUACAUUUAUCCAUGCAUCCGUUCAUGUGUCCUUCCGUGCAUCUCUCCAUCCAUCCAUGCAUCCGUCUAUAUAACCGUCCAUGCGUUCAUCUGUGGAAUUAUAUCAUGUAUCGCUAUAUAUCUGUCCAUGCAUCUGUCCAUGUAUUCAUCCAUAUAUCUACACAUUCAUCCAUAAAUCCCUUAUAUAUCCACCCAUAUAUCUGA